AUGUCGGAUAUCACAGUGACCAUAAAGUCUUCCGGAGACAAGAAGUAUGAAGUGACGUUUGAUCCUAAAAUCACCAUAUUGGAGUUGAAAGAAUUGAUUGCCGAGAAAUCGUCAAUCGCUGCUUCGAGUCAGCGUUUAAUUUACUCAGGUAAAGUAUUGAAGGAUGACCAAACAGUAGAAUCUUAUAAGGUGCAGAAUUCUCAUACAAUCCACAUGGUAAGGAGCUCUAAUGCUACUUCUGCAAAUUCUGGUGCCACCGCCACCGGUGCCGGUGCUGGUGCUGCUCUGUCGUUGGGAGCAGCAUCAGGAGCAGGAGCUACUACAACAACAAACUUACAGCACCAGCCUGCAUCAAAUAUACCAUCAAAUAUUGCCGCUGGACAAGGAUCAUUUAACCCAUUGGCAGAUCUCACCGGUGCACGUUAUGCUGGAUAUGCUCAGUUACCUUCUGCUUCGCUUUUUGGACCUGAUGGUGGAAUGAAUGCGAACGCACUAAAUCCAGAUGAGUUGAACUCGGUUAUGUCUAACCCAGCGUUUCAGGAACAAAUGAAUGCUAUGUUAUCAAAUCCACAGAUGUUGGACUUUAUGAUUCAACAGAAUCCUCAACUUAGAGCAAUGGGACCACAAGCUAGACAAAUGUUGCAGAGUCCGUUAUUUAGACAGAUGCUUACCAACCCCGAGUUGAUGAGAUCUGCCUUGCAGAUGGGGCAACUAGGUGGUGGUUCAGGUGGUAACCUCUUUGGCGGAGCAGCAGGCGGACUUGGCAGCAGCUUCCCAGCUCCAGGGGCUAACCCGACAACAGAGGGUGCAGCAAGUGAGACCUCAGAAGGUAGCGCCGAUAAUAGACAGGUUGGUACUAAUGCUAAUAGUGGUGGUGCUGCAGCAGCAAAUCCAUUUGCAGGGUUGUUCCCAAGCGGAGUACCACCUUUUGAUCCUGUGGCGUUAUUUGGAGGAAAUGCAGCCGGAGGAAAUAUUUUUGGACAACCAGCUGCUCCACAAGACAAUAGACCACCAGAAGAAAGAUAUGAGAGCCAAUUACAUCAAUUGAACGAUAUGGGUUUUUUUGAUUUCGAUAGAAACAUUGAAGCCUUGAGAAGGACAGGCGGAAGUGUACAAGGAGCUAUUGAAUAUUUGUUGAAUGGUAAUUAG